AUGCACAGAUCUCCUGCUGCCGUGGACGCUGGCUCGGGGGAGUCGCCGGCCACUUCCUUGGAAUCACGCCAGGGGUCUCCCGUGUCCCCUCCUCAUGACACCUUGCCCGCCUGGCCACACACGGGCAGUAUGCUCCCUACGGAUGAAGGGUCCCACGCCGAGGAGAUAGUGAUCCCUGAAUCCCUUCUGGCAGCUGCGUCUAUCAAACAGGUCUGGAAUCAGGCGUCCCAUGAACGCUGGAACGAACAGCAUAUUGCCCCCAACCCCGUGGAGGAGAUAUCGAUACUCAAAAAGAGGCAGUCUAACCCCAGCUGGCCGGCCACUGGAUUAAACCCAGGAGAUGCUCGACGACGACAAGCCAGUUAUUCGCCGCGAGCCCUGGAGGAAGGCAGGGGGAUUAUCUACCCAGUCAUCGAGGACCAGGUGAUGGAGGAGUCCUGGCAUGGACCUCAGAGUAUUCAUCCGCUUGGCACUGAAGACAUUGAACCCGAAACCCCGGGCCCUAGUAGCACCUUGGGAGGUCAACCGCCUCCCACCAAUGAAACACAGGGUGUUGGCCAUGCCAGCAAAUUUGCCCCAUCUCCUGUUCGCCAGUCGAUUCGCCGGGUGGUGAAACGAGCCCGUGCUAGCAGCCUUGGGACCCUUUAUAACCGAGCCACUCUGGUAAACAUCAAACACGAACGCCGGUAUUGGGUCCAGCUGGUGAUCGAAUACGGAGCAUACACCCUCUACGCGGCAUUCGUGUACUUUGUGCUGGUGGGCAUGCCCCUGUGGAAAGGCGCCGUCUACUGGCUCUACUGGUUGAUGCGUCACAGGUUCGUCUUCCAGGGGGGUUGGGCCAUUGUCAUUUGCUUGGUGGUCUUCUACUCUUUUUCACCUCUCCUGACCACGUUUGAACGCGAUGCCCCGGAUACCGAGUUCUACCAGAGUCGCCGCAUCAGCCCGACAGUUCAUGACACCGCGCUGCUCAUUCCAUGUUUCAAAGCCGCCGCGGUGAUUGGCGAGACCCUCGAAGCUGCGGUGAAGAUCUUCCCACCUUCUCACAUCUAUGUGAUCGCAAAUGGCGACUCUCUGACUCCGCUCGACAACACCGAGGAGAUCUGCCGCCCUUAUGGAGUCAACCACAUCUGGAGCCCAGUCGGGUCCAAAAUCGUUGCGCUAUUUGUUGGGUCCUACGCCACCAAGCAUUUUCGCUAUGUUCUCCUUAUCGAUGAUGACUGCAUUCUGCCACCAAACUUUCCCGUGGUAAUUUCCCGGCUGACUGAUUCGGUCCGCUGUAUUGGCUACACGAUCAAGGCUGUCGCUGCGGAUGGUUCCAAAGGGACGUACUGUCAGCAAGCCCAGGAUCUGGAGUAUAAACUUGCCGGGUUGCAGCGCACACUGGCAGGACGAAUCGGCAGCGCGACCUUUCCUCACGGGGCAAUCUCUCUGUGGGAACGCGCGUUCCUGCGGGACACCCUUCAAGACCAUCCUGGCUUCUCCAUCAGCGAGGAUUGGUUCUUGGGGAACAGUUGUCGACGACUGGGGGGCAGAAUUCAAAUGUGCAGCUCGGUCUUUGUGGAGACCCACGCACCACCCUCGUUCCUCUUUGCUAGUGGGCGAAGCCGGGGUGGAUUUGGGGAGAUGACCGUCUUCAAGCAACGAUUCAUGCGGUGGAACUUUUUCAUUGUCAAUGGCAUGCGGUACAACCUAGCCUACAUUCUGCAGUCGUGGAAGCUAGGCAAGUGGGAGAUUGGGGCGAAAAUUUUCGUCCUGCAGGAACUGUAUGAGACCAUCCUCACGAUUUUUGCCCCCUUCGUUCUUCCCAUAUCUUUGAUUGUGCGCCCGGGGUUCUGCGCUGUCCUCCUCCUGGCCACGUUGGCGCUCUACCUGGCAAACGCCAUCAUCUUCAAUGAGGUUCACCUGCGACGGAAACAGGAGCGGGUGAGCUGGAAGAUCGUAUUAUUUUACUAUAUGCCGUACAAGAUUAUCAUCGCCUUUAUCAACGUGGGGAGCAACUACUGGUCCCUGUUCAAGUAUGCCAAAUACUUUGCCCGGCGACGCCCCAAGCUGACGGAAGACCACAAAGCAGUGGGGCUGGUGUUGAAAUUGGAGGAGAGCGCACAGAGCCAGGCGGCUGGAUCCACUGGGCUGGGCCGAAGUAUGACGGUGCGAUCAGUAGGUGUCCGGCGGACGAGCAGCCGGAUGAGCAGUGUGCAUGGGUCGGGGACGCCUCGGGCAAGGUGGUCCUAUCAAAGCCACAUUGAGGAGGGAAGUGAAUACGAUGUCAUUGAGCCCUAUACAUAAGGUUUCAUCCGGGAUACAGUCCCACUUUCGCUUAGGUUUGGUGGAUCAUGGAUUGAU